AUGACACUUUCUGAGCUUGUUACUAAAAACCCACUAAAUGGUCUUCCUAUGUCUGUUGGUUGCUCUAAAGAGCGGGCAUCCAGAUAUUUUGGCAUCAAUACAGCAUCACCCACGGCCACACAGACACCACCAAUCCUCUCAAGCGCCCCUAGAGUCACUAUCAUUGAUGGAAAGCUUGUUGUUGAUGAAGAAUCCCUGGUUUUGGAUAGACCAUCUAUACUGGACGAGCAUAGAGAGCGUGUUGAAGAGACAUCCAAAUGGACCACAUCUGCCUCUUUUAGAAAAGCUAUUCCUAGAAACAGAUGGUCCAGUGAGGAUACUCACCAGUUUUACCAGGCACUUCAGGUAUUUGGCACCGAUUUUGAAAUGCUAUCAAAAUCGCUGAAGAGCCGGACCAGGUCUCAGGUUAAAAACAAAUUUAAACGAGAAGAGAGAGAGAACCCAGCACGUAUCUCUGCCGCCUUGAUGCGAAGACUGUGA